CGUUCAGUCGCGACGGGAGAGGUAACAUGAGUACAACGCGGUUUUAGAAUAUCGUGGUGAUCGUCUUUCACUGACCGGGAACGAAAUCUGACACCGAAAUUCGGCUUUAGCUUGGCGAAUGGAUUAACGGUUGAGAAAUCUACAGAGUUUCCUGCGGACAUCGUCCACUGCAAGGUGAAACAGAACUCAACGACCGUCAAGCGUAAGCAAUUUUGAUUAUUAACGACGUCACCGCAAUUAUUAAUCGGAGGAAGCGAAACAACAUGCAGGACGACUUUUAACGAUACGGAAGUUUUAUCGUUCGGUCGCCGUUCGUCCGCUAAACAUGUCCUACGAUCGAAACGGGCAUUUUUCGAAAAACAUGCGCCCCAUCAGGGAACCCAAACUGCUCAAAUCAACCGUCGACGUAAUCGGGUUUCUGAUCAUUUCCGCCCUGCACAUAUUGCGGGCGAUCUAUAAGUUCUUUUUGCCCAAGCGGUACAAGACCCUGAAGGAUUUAAGGGGCGAGGUGGCGCUGGUGACCGGUGGCGGAGGAGGACUUGGCAGACUACUAGCUUUAAGGUUGGGGAAAUUAGGAGCCACCGUUGUGGUUUGGGACGUUAAUGUCAGCGGUGUUGAAGAAACUGUGAGUUUAGUUAAAGGAAUUGGUGGAAUCGCUUAUGGCUACAAAUGUGACUUAGCCGACAAAGAUGACGUGUACCGGGUAGCUAAAAAGACGCAACAGGAAGUUGGGGACGUGACCCUUUUGAUAAACAACGCGGGAGUCGCGGUGGGUAACCUAUUAUUGGACACGCCAGACCAUCUCAUUAAAAGGACGUUCGAUGUGAAUGUCAUUGCGCAUUUUUGGACUGUAAAAGCGUUUUUACCAAAGAUGAUAAAAAACAAGCACGGACAUAUCGUCACCGUCGCGUCUAUGGCCGGACACGUCGGGAUUAACAAACUGGUAGACUAUUGUUCGUCGAAAUUUGCGGCAGUGGGUUUCGACGAAGCACUCAGAGUAGAAUUAGAAGCCCAAGGGGUCAAAGGAGUUCUGACUACGGCGGUGUGCCCGUAUUUCAUCCAACAAACCGGAAUGUUCGACACCGUCGAUUCGAGGUUUUUGCCAAGGUUAAAACCCAACGACGUUGCGGAUCGCAUCAUCGAAGGAAUACGAAGUAACGAGGUCAUGGUGGUCAUCCCGGGAGUUAUGAGAUUCGGGCUAGUCCUCAAAUCAAUAAUUCCAUGGACGGUACUGUCCACAUUCCUAAGAGGUUUGGUCCCAGACGCGGGACCGCACUCCCCAUCGGUGAUCAAUACGGACAGCGAAGAGGAAGAAUUGAUCACAAAUUUGGACAAUGUCAAACUCAACGGCAACAGCUUAACAGAAACUGUAUCGAAGCUGAGUCGGAAUUCGCCGAUCGGAAAGAAUCCAUAAUUCAAAUUUUAUUUGCAACUUUUUAUAAUUUAGAUAGCGAGUGCCAUUUGUUCAGAAAUGCUCUCAGUGGGUAUUAGAUUUCUCUUACAGGUUCUAUAAACGCGGUUGUGAAUAUGUUUCCCCUCUUUUCAUUUAUCAACCAUGGGAUGUUAAUUUUAAAAGCAUUACAAAAAUUAAUAUUGUCCGGCAACAAGUAUUCGCAUAAGGUUAGCAUUGUGAUAAAACUUAAUUAUAUUUUAGAAUAUAAAAGAGGAAACGGCGUUGUUUUUUUAUUGUUACCCACCACUAUUAAGUUUUAAAUAAAUAAAAUAAAUAAAUAAAA